CCCUACGUCAUCCCUUUAUUUGUUUUGAUAUUGGAUAUUUUUCUAGUUGGGUUUUUGAAAGUUUGCUUUUACUCUACAUUCUACUUUACUACAUUCCAUCACUGUCAACUGAGUACUUUUACAUUGUCUCUUUUUAGUCUUUAUUUUCAGUGAAACAUAAGUGUUGUUUGUGAUAAAAAUACCAAAACUUUCUGUUAAAAUGGUCAAACUAUUCAGUAUUUGUGUUUUAUACAAAGGACCCACUACAGCCACAUGGUUAAAGUCAGCGUUUGACUUGCAAAGCUUCAGCUACUUCCAAAGAGGUUCUGUACAAGAAUUUAUGUUGUUCUGUGCUAAAACCAUCGUCGAGAGGACUUUGCCUGCUUCAAGACAGUCUGUGAAAGAGGGAGACUACUUUUGCCAUGUCUAUGUUAGGGCAGAUAACCUGGCCGGUGUCGUCAUUUCAGACCAUGAAUACCCUUCUCGAGUGUCACACACUUUGCUCACCAAAACACUGGAUGAAUUUGCAGAAAAAAUCCCAGCAGCAAACUGGCCUAAUUUACAAGAACGCGACGUCGCUUUUCCACAACUGAAUGUAUAUUUAGCUAAAUACCAGAACCCCAGGGAGGCAGAUGUACUAACAAAAAUCCAGGCAGAGUUAGAUGAAACAGUAAUUAUUAUGCAUGAUAAUAUGACAGCUGUCCUGAAUAGAGGGGAGAAACUAGAUGACUUAGUUUCAAAAUCUGAAAACUUAAGUAUACAGUCUAAAGCUUUUUAUAAGACAGCAAGAAAAACCAAUGCUUGCUGUAGUUUUACUUAAAUACUUUUAAUGUGUGUCAAAAUAUUUGUUUAGGGCCUCUCAAUAAAGCACAGUACCAAAACUUAAUUUUAUGUUAAAAACUGAAUGCAAUAAACCUAAGAAUUAAUAUGGAUAAGGGAGGUAGUAUAGUAAACAUAAUUUAAUUUUUUUAAAUAAUAUAUUAGUGAUGGGAUUAAUUAUUAAUUUAAUAAUUACUACAAGAGAGGAUUAUUAAAGACACUUUAAAAAAAUGUCCAAAAUCUGAAAACAAUGUGGCGAUGACUGCAGUUUUAAUUAUCUGAUGACCUAGUCUGUUAAUUUUAUGAGUAGGUUCAAUUUAAUUUUAAACAACACAUAUUAUCAUCAAUUAUAAUGAUUACCAAAAGCUGUUAAAGGGUAAAUUAGUAUUAUCUUACUCUUGAAUUUUUUUACAUUUUGACAGUAUUUAAAGUGUGGUGAUGUGGUAGACAAAAGGAUAUACAAAUAGAGAAGAAAUAAAUUUAUUUCAAAUCAUGACAUCUCCUAAGAUCUUGUUUUUCAUUAAGUAUGGAUAGCAAUAAUUAUAAAUUAAAUUCUCGAUCCAUUAUUUUCUUUUUUGGUCUACCACAUCAACUCAGACGUUAAGUUUUCCUUUUCCCACACUGAGGGUAAAUAAGUGUACUGUGCUUGUAAAUUAUAUACCUACUUAUACCUAAAAAUGCUGUAUGUGGAUUUCUGUAUUUAUUAUAUAUAUGCAAUUGUUAAUGUUUACAUGUUAAAAAAUAUGUCUAUAAAUUAAUGGAAUUGUAAAAAAAUAUAAUGGAAAUAAAAUUGUGGAACAAU